AAGACAUAACCUUUUCUCUCAUUAAACCAUUUUACUAUACAGACACAAUCUUCAGGAAGAAGAAGAAAAUCAAUAAUGGCAUCUACUUCCAUAGUUAUGGCAGCAAUGCCAAUUACUUCCUCCACCCAGUCAAGACCCAACACCUUAUUCUUCAAACCCUUACCAGUGAAGACAAAAGCAACAACAGGAAGGAAUUUUGCAGUUGCAGCAGCAAAAGCUUCAAUGAAAGAGAAGGUAGUGACUGGAUUGACAGCGGCUGCACUGACUGCAUCAAUGGUGAUUCCAGAAGUAGCUGAGGCUGCAAGUGGGUCUGGGUUUUCUCCUUCUCUGAAUAAUUUCUUGCUGAGUAUAGCAGCUGGAGGAAUUGUUCUUGCUGGGAUUGUUGGUGCUAUCAUUGGUGUUUCUAACUUUGAUCCUGUUAAGAGGACUUAAUAUGUUCUUUGUUGUACUUAUAUCAGUUCAAUUCUAUGAAUUCCAGCUUUGAUUAUAAAUGGUUGAAUAUGAUUCUUCUUGA